CCAAGCGAAGCGAACGCAAGGGAAAUGUACGAGAUUUGUACUCUGUUGAAAUAAUACGUCAUACCAUAUUCUAAAGUGUUAUUUCUUAAUUUGUUUGUGAUUCGCAUUACAAUACCUAAAUAAAACAGCAUAAUGCCGGCGGCACGGGGCGUUAAGCGAACAGCGUCCAAGUCAUCGGCCGCCACAUCAUCCUCGGGCCCCAAAAAUAAGAAAAAACGUGGAGGAAUCCAGUUGGAUAUACCAACUGCACACAAAAAGAGGGGUCGCGUAUUUGCAUGUGGACAAGGGGAUGUUGGUCAGCUCGGUUUAGGUGAAGAUGUUAUUGAAACUUCAAAAUUCAAACAUGUGACCGCGUUAGGAGAUAAAGUGGUGGAGGUCCGCGCAGGGGGUAUGCACACUGUCGUACUCGACAGCGAUGGGAAGGUGUGGACGUUCGGGUGUAACGACGAGGGCGCGCUCGGCAGACAGACCUCCGGAGAAGCGGAGGAGGCGGCGCCGCGGGGCGUCACACUGCCGGCGCGGGCGCUGCGGCUCGCGGCCGGGGACUCGCACUCCGCCGCCCUCCUCGCCUCCGGGGACGUGUACGUGUGGGGCUCCUUCCGGGACUCCCACGGCAGCAUGGGGCUGGUGAUCCGCGGGCGGGCGGCGGUGCCGAGCCGCGAGCCGGUGCGCGUGCCGCUGCCCGAGCCCGUCGCCGACCUCGCCUCGGGGGCCGACCACCUCGUGCUGCUCACGACAUCCGGCUCUGUGUACACAAUGGGUUGCGGAGAACAAGGUCAGCUGGGCAGACUCUCACAGCGGUCAGCGUCCAGAGAAGCUAGACAAGGAUUUAGCGCCCUAUUGGUGCCAUCGAAGGUGACCUUGAAGGGUGGAGCGUCCAAGGUGUGGGCGGGCUACCAUGCAACCUUUGCACUAGAUGCCACCAAGGAGAAACUCUUCGCCUGGGGGUUAAAUAAUUAUGGACAACUCGGUAUAACGGGGGAGAAGCGCAAGACUGCUCUGUACUCGCCCGUGGAGUGCGAUGCGUUCCCGACCAGCGGCGCACCAUGGAGGGCCCUCGCAGCCGGACAGCACCACUCGCUGGCAGUCGACGGCGCCGGACGGCUGCGGGCCGUCGGACGCUGCGAGUACGGCAGAUUAGGUCUCGGCGAUCGGGUCGGUGACGCAGAGGUACCAGAGCCAGUUCCCAAGCUUGAGAACAAAAAGUGCAUCAGUAUAGCGGCCGGCAUCAGUAAUUCCUUCGCUGUUACCGACACAGGGGAGCUGUACGCGUGGGGCAUGGGAAGCGAAGGUCAGCUCGGUACCGGAGCCUCCAGUGACGCCAACGAACCCACCCUCAUCCUGCCACACGCCCUGCUGGUCUCCGCGGGGGGACAGCACACACUAUUACUGCAGGAAGACCCAUCAGGCCCAAAAGAAGAUUCCCCAGAACCAGAACAAGAAACGGCAGAACAAAAAGAAGACGAAGAAGAAAUAGAAGAGGAGAAUGAAAAAGUACCCGAAAAACCCAAAGGACGGCCGAAUAAACGGCAAAAAAAGCAAGAUCAAGAAGAUGAAGUCACCUCCACGUCGAGUGCGCAACCAUCGGAGGUCGCAGAAGAAAAUAAACCACAGAAACUAAACGGUGACGAAAAGAAAGAGACGCCAAUGGAAGUAGACGAAACUGACAACACCCAAGAAAAAGAACCAGAGAAGACAGAAACCGAAACCGUCACGGAACCGGCCACAGCGAACACACAAUCAGAAACAACAGAAACAAAAGAAGACAAGACCGAAACGGACUCCAGCCAAGAGACGGACAGCGAGACAAAGUCCCAAGAGUCCCAAGAAGAUAACUUGGAGAAAUUAAACGACGUGGAAAUGGAGAAGGAAGUGAACGGGGCUCCGGAGGUCGUGGAAACGAAGACGGUCGAGUCAAUAGCCGCCGCCAACCCCCUAACGACCACGGCGUGAUGGUAAAUCCGUUUUGAUUAGUAGGAUUGUUACGCAAGUGAAAUUGUUCCAUGUACAUUUCUGUCUUCGAGGCGUAAAGACGUUGUCAGUGUAAUUACAUCAAUGUAGGUACUUCCGCCUUCGUUUUUCGGUAUUUCGACCGUCCGCCAUUUUGUUUUUGUGUUACAUUCAAAAUGGCGUCCGUGAAUUUAUGUAAACAAAAUUGUAUAAAACAAAUAAUUGGAGGCGUUUCGAAGUCUACGGUUGCUUUUUGCAGAGAAUAUUAAUUCUUGUAUCAAGUAUUGUUGUUUUUAUAAAAAUCCGUCGAUGUUAGUUAAAAAAACAUCAGUCCAUAGAUAAAUUAAGCUCAAUAUUAGAAUUAUGAUUAUAUUCAUUAUUUGUAAAGUUAAACUUGAUCAUAGGAACCGUUUUAAUUAUCCGUAUCAAUAUUAACUAACAAUUGUUAUUUUAAAUAAUUACAUAAAUAAUUUGUACAAACCUUAACAAAUUAUACACUUUCACAAAUCGCUCUGAUAAUGCUGAAAAGCAUGUAAAGUUUGGUAGUUUUUGAGAUUGUCACUAACAUAUAAGCAGACGUGAUUAGAACUUGGUUUUAUAUGUAUACAUACAUAUACA